CUGUAUCUACAUACGCAUCCAAGUGUAGUAUAUAUGGGAAACCCUAGGGGAUAAAAUGGUUGGGUUUAGGACUAUUGAUGUGUGAUUGAGUGCAGAUCCGAGUGAUGGAGGAGGUAACCGGAGAUGGUGCUAUGAUAGGAAUGAGGGAUAAGACGGAGAUGUUGUAUGGUGGUGACCACAGUGGCGGCAAUGCACGGCCUCCGAUGGGUGAGACGACGGCGUUUAUGAUGUCGGGAUCUUUCAAGGAAGGAGUAGGAGGGGGGAGGGGUUCAGGUACAGGUAGUCGUAGGAGGUUUUCGGUGAGGCCUAGCUUAGACGCGGACGAGUUUAUGAAUCUGCUACACGGGUCGGAUCCGGUGAAGCUGGAGCUUAAUCGGUUGGAAAAUGAAGUUAGAGAUAAGGAUCGAGAAUUGAGUGAAGCACAAGCGGAGAUCAAGGCGCUCAGACUAUCUGAACGCUUGAGGGAGAAAGCUGUUGAAGAGCUAACUGAAGAAUUAUCAAAGGUGGAUGAGAAGCUGAAGUUGACAGAAUCUCUUCUAGAAAGCAAAAAUCUUGAGAUCAAGAAAAUCAAUGAUGAGAAGAAAGCAUCUAUGGCCGCUCAAUUUGCAGCAGAAGCCACUCUGCGAAGAGUUCAUGCUGCUCAAAAAGAUGACGAUAUGCCACCAAUUGAAGCCAUCCUUGCACCAUUGGAAGCUGAGCUCAAACUUGCUCGACAAGAGAUUGCAAAGCUACAGGAUGACAACAAAGCAUUAGAUAGAUUGACCAAAUCAAAGGAGGCUGCUUUACUUGAAGCUGAGAGGACUGUUCAGGUUGCCUUGGCAAAGGCUUCUAUGGUGGAUGAUCUCCAGAACAAGAACCAGGAAUUGAUGAAGCAGAUAGAAAUUUGCCAGGAGGAAAAUAAAAUUAUGGAUAAAAUGCAUCGCCAAAAGGUUGCUGAGGUUGAAAAGCUUACCCAAACUGUACGUGAGCUUGAAGAAGCUGUCCUUGCUGGUGGUGCUGCGGCUAAUGCAGUGAGGGAUUACCAACGGAAAGUUCAAGAGAUGAAUGAGGAACGAAAAACUCUGGACAGAGAGCUAGCUCGUGCAAAAGUUACAGCAAAUAGAGUGGCAACAGUGGUAGCUAACGAAUGGAAAGAUGCUAAUGAUAAAGUGAUGCCAGUAAAACAGUGGCUUGAGGAAAGAAGGUUCUUGCAGGGUGAGAUGCAACACUUGCGGGAUAAGCUAGCUAUAACCGAGCGUGCGGCAAGAUCUGAGGCGCAGUUAAAAGAAAAAUAUCAACUGCGACUUAGAGUUCUGGAAGACACUUUGAGAUCGCCUAACCCCAUCAGUCGCAGCGGCUCAUCAGAUGGAAAAAGCAUGAGCAAUGGUCCUUCACGCCGCCAGUCUUUAGGUGGAGCUGAUAACUUCUCUAAGUUGACCUCCAAUGGGUUUUUGCCCAAGAGAUCACCAUCCUUUCAGAUGAGAUCUACACUUUCUGCUGGUUCGAGUUCUGUGUUGAGGCAUGCAAAAGGUACAUCAAAGUCAUUUGAUGGUGGUACUAGAUCACUCGACAGGGGUAAACUUAAUUUGAAUGGAGGCAGUAGUCCGACUUUUAAUUUUGUGCAAUCCUGUGAGGGCACUAAGGACAUUGAGCCAUCUAAUAGUUCCUGGAAAGGAAAUCCAGAUGAAAAACCCAGUGACUUCCCUGGAACCGAAACUGAGGAUACCGUACCUGGAUUGUUGUAUGAUUUGCUGCAAAAGGAGGUGAUUGCCUUGAGGAAAGCCGGGCAUGAGAAGGAUCAAAGCCUUAAAGACAAGGAUGACGCAAUUGAGAUGCUAGCAAAGAAAGUAGAUACACUAACCAAGGCUAUGGAAGUCGAGGCAAAAAAGAUGAGAAGGGAGGUAGCUGCAAUGGAGAAGGAAGUAGCUGCUAUGCGUGUUGACAAAGAACAAGACAAUAGGGCGAAACGUUUUGGGAACUCUAAGGGUUCUAUGAAUAGCAAUCAGAUAAAUCCAGCCAGGAAUGUGGCACGAGGUGGGUUGACAAGGAACACCCAAUAACAUUACAAAACAUGUAUUGGGUCGGUCUCUUCUCUUCUUCAACCUUUGUUUUUACUAUUUUACCCUUAUCGUGGUGGAUUUGAAUGUGUAACUAGCAUACCGAUGACUGGUUGUACCUUGAAGAUGGAAAAAAGCCAAGAGUUGGAUAAAAGAAUUAGCUGAAAUUGGUAUGCUUUCUGACUAACCAACCAAGUGGAGGGACAUUGAAGUCAAGCUAACCUUUUUCGCAUGUGGUUGUAUAGUUAGCUUUGUCGAUGCGUUUGCAGUUCUAUAUUUUGUUAUCUGCAGCUUCCUUCCUCAGGUUUGUUAAUAUUGUUGUCAUGAUCAGAUGAAGAAAGGAAAAAGAGUCUUAAUAUUCCUAUGAUUGUGGGUUGUAUUCUUACAGUGUUUUUUGAUUUAUUUAGCAGUUAUAAAUUUCAAAAUUCUGUUGCUUGUUUU